AUGGGCUCCCUGAAAGCUGGAAUUCGGGAGGGCUGGCCUCCCCCAAAUGCCAGCCUUCCCGAAUGCCAGAAUUCGGGAAGACAGGCCUUCCCCGAAGCCUGGAAUUCGGGGAAGGCAGGCAUUCUCGAAGUCCAGACUUCGGGGAGGUCUCCGAAAUUUGAUGUUAUUCAACAAUUUACUAUCAAUGAGCUAUUUGAUACUAGAGAAGCACUCAUUAGAUGGGCUAAGAAAAUUGAAAAACAAAAUGGAAUUAUGAUUGUGAUCAAGAGCUCAGAAUCUGGGGGUCCUGGAAAAAGACCCAGAGUUCAUCUUGCUUGUGAACGCAGUGGAAAGUAUAGACCAUCGAAGAAGAAAGAAGAAAUAAUAGGAGAAUUAAAACGAAAGUGCACAGGUUCAAAAAAGUGUGAUUGUCCGUUUGAAUUACUUGGUAUGAAAUUUGAGCAGUGGGAGUUGAAAGUUGUAUGUGGAAUGCACAAUCAUGCACUAGCAGUUCAACUAGAGGGUCAUUCAUAUGCAGGGAGGCUUACAGAAAAAGAGAAAGUAAUUUUAAAAACAAUGUCUGAGAAUCUCGUAAAACCUAAAAAUAUUUUGAUGAGCUUCAAGGCAGAUGAUGAGAAUAAUGUUACUACUAUCAAAACUAUAUAUAAUGCCCGUCAAAGAUAUAAACUUAUUGAGAAAGGUGGUAGAUCACAAAUGCAACAGUUGAUAAAGAAAUUAAGAGAAUAUAAUUAUAUGGAGUGGCACAGAAGCAAUGGAUCAAAUUGUAUUACAGACUUAUUUUGGGCUCAUCCGAUAUCCAUAGAUUUAUUAAAAAUAUUUCCACAUGUCCUGAUAAUUGAUUGUACAUACAAAACUAACAGGUAUAGAUAUCCACUUCUUGAGAUUGUUGGUGUGACAUCCACUGAGUUAACUUUUCCUGUUGCAUUUGUAUUUAUGAAUCAUGAAUACGAGGAUAACUACACAUGGGCUAUGGAGAGAUUAAAGAAUGUGAUGGGAUCUAAUACAUUUCCAGGAGUAAUUGUCACUGAUAGAGAAUUAGCAUUGAUGAAUGCAAUACAUAAAGUCUUUCUGAGUACGACGACGUUAUUAUGUAGGUGGCAUAUAUCUAAAAAUGUACUUGCUAAGUGUAAGAAAAUUUUUGAUAGAAAUGAGACAUGGGAGAAGUUUAUGUUACAAUGGAAUCUUCUUGUUUUUGCCUCUACUGAGAUUGAGUAUCAAAGUCUGCUUUGUGACUUAAUGGUUGAGUAUCAUGCAUAUGAAGAAGCACUUGAUUAUGUGAGAAAGAUAUGGCUGAAUGAUUAUAAAGAAAAAUUUAUUGCAACGUGGACAAAUAAAGUAUUAUAUUUUGGCAAUGUUACUACUAACAGGGCUGAGAGUGCACAUGCGAAGCUGAAGAGAUAUCUGGGAUCAUCUCAAGGUGACUUUGAGUCAUCAUGGAAAAUUAUCAAUUCUCUUAUUGAGUUACAACAUACUGAGAUAAAGGGGCCUUUUGAGAAGAGUUUAAUGUUGGUGUUUCUUAAAUCAGGUUCACCAAUUCCUCCCGUUGCACGCAAUUGGCAUAAAUAUCGAUAUGAUAUUGCACGUGAAUGGGAAACACCAUAUAUAACUCAAAUUCAAGCAUUUUUGUCUCUUAUUAACAAAAAUGUUAUUACAAAGGAUGUUUUUGAUUUAACUGAUGAAUGA